GGGUGUCAGCAGCCGUCCUGUGAUGGCGGCGGUGGGGAGCUGGCAGCUGUGGCGCCUGGGGGCGCCGGGGGGGCUGUGCUGCUCCUAAUCGGCGUCUGGUCCCUGCGCCAUGGGGAGGAGCCGCGGUCGGCGGCUGGCCUGAGUCGGUGGUGGUGGCGGCGGCGACAGCGGAAGGCGCGGCAUUGCCAAGGGAGACCCGCCGCUGGGGCCGCGACCUGUGCCUCCGGGGAUGUUGCGGUGGGUCCGGCAGCAGCUGGGUUUUGACCCACCGCAUCAAAGCGAUACAAGAACUAUUUAUAUAGCUAAUCGUUUUCCCCAGCAUGGCCAUUAUGUUCCUCAGAAGUUUGUGGACAACAGAAUUGUAUCAUCCAAGUAUACGGUGUGGAAUUUUGUUCCAAAAAACUUAUUUGAGCAGUUCAGAAGAGUAGCUAACUUUUAUUUUCUGAUUAUAUUUUUGGUUCAGCUCAUGAUAGAUACCCCUACCAGCCCUAUUACCAGUGGAUUGCCAUUAUUCUUUGUCAUAACUGUGACAGCCAUAAAACAGGGUUAUGAAGACUGGCUACGACACAAAGCAGACAAUGAAGUGAACGGUGCUCCAGUUUAUGUUGUUCGAAGUGGUGGCCUUGUGAAAACUAGAUCUAAAAAUAUUCGGGUGGGGGACAUUGUCAGAGUAGCCAAAGAUGAGACUUUUCCUGUUGAUCUGGUGCUUCUGUCAUCUGAUCGAGUGGACGGUUCAUGCCAUGUUACUACUGCAAGUUUGGAUGGAGAGACCAAUCUUAAGACACAUGUUGCAGUCCCAGAAACAGCAGUGUUACAGUCUGUUGCCAACCUGGACAAACUUGUAGCUGUUAUAGAAUGUCAGCAACCAGAAGCGGAUCUAUACAGGUUUGUUGGAAGAAUAACGAUAAGUCAACAAACUGAAGAAAUUGUAAGACCUCUUGGGCCUGAAAGCCUCUUACUUCGUGGAGCAAGAUUAAAAAACACUAAAGAAAUAUUUGGUGUUGCAGUGUAUACAGGUAUGGAGACAAAGAUGGCAUUAAAUUACAAGAGUAAAUCUCAGAAACGGUCAGCAGUAGAAAAGUCCAUGAAUUCCUUUUUGAUUAUUUAUCUAAUAAUCCUCCUCUUUGAAGCCAUUCUGAGCACUAUUUUAAAGUAUGCAUGGCAAGCUGAAGAAAAAUGGGAUGAGCCUUGGUAUAAUGGAAAAACGGAGCAUGAAAGAAACAGCAGUAAGAUUCUUAGGUUUAUUUCAGAUUUUCUUGCUUUUCUGGUACUUUACAAUUUUAUCAUACCUAUUUCACUUUAUGUGACUGUUGAGAUGCAGAAAUUUCUUGGAUCUUUUUUUAUUGGAUGGGAUCUUGACCUCUAUCAUGAAGAAACAAACCAGAGAGCACAAGUAAAUACUUCAGACCUCAAUGAGGAAUUGGGACAGGUAGAGUAUGUGUUUACAGACAAAACUGGUACAUUAACUGAAAAUGAGAUGCAAUUUCGGGAGUGCUCCAUUAAUGGCAUAAAGUACCAAGAGGUCAAUGGUAAACUAACUCCAGAGGGGUUUUCUGAAGAUUCACCAGAUGGAAAUAUACAUAGUUUGAUGAAAGAGGAGGAGCUCUUCUUGAAAGCGGUUUGUCUUUGUCAUACAGUUCAGAUCAAUGCAGAUCAGACAGAUGGUGCUGAUGGCCCCUGGCAUGCCAAUGGAAUAGCAUCUCCGUUGGAGUAUUAUGCUUCUUCACCAGAUGAGAAAGCUUUAGUUGAAGCUGCAAGCCGGGUUGGAGUAGUAUUUACUGGAACUACUGGGGACAGUAUGGAAGUAAAAAGUCUUGGAAAACCAGAAAGGUAUAAAUUACUUCAUGUUUUGGAGUUCGAUCCAAAUCGCAGACGAAUGAGUGUCAUUGUAGAGAGCCCCUCAGGGGAAAAGCUUUUAUUCACAAAAGGAGCAGAAUCUUCCAUUCUUCCUCGUAGUAAGAGUGGAGAAAUAGACAAAACAAGGAUACAUGUGGAUGAAUUUGCUUUGAAAGGACUAAGAACUCUGUGCAUAGCCUACAGAAGAUUCACACCUGAAGAGUAUCAAGAAAUUGGCAAACGGCUUCAUGAGGCUAGGACUGCCUUACAACAGCGGGAAGAAAGAUUAGCAGAUGUAUUCAACUUCAUAGAAAGGGAUCUGGAAUUACUUGGGGCUACAGGAGUAGAAGACAAACUGCAAGAUAAAGUCCAAGAAACUAUAGAAGCACUCAGAUUGGCUGGUAUCAAAGUUUGGGUACUCACUGGAGAUAAGCAUGAAACAGCUGUUAGUGUCAGCUUAUCAUGUGGACACUUUCAUAGAACCAUGAACAUCCUUGAGCUUGUGCAACACAAGUCAGACAGUACAUGCGCAGAACAACUGAGGCAGCUAGCCAAGAGAAUAAAGGAAGACCAUGUUAUCCAGCAUGGACUUGUUGUGGAUGGGACCAGCCUCUCUCUUGCACUCAGGGAACAUGAAAAACUGUUCAUGGAAGUUUGCAAAAACUGUUCUGCAGUGUUGUGCUGUCGCAUGGCACCCCUUCAGAAAGCAAAAGUAGUGCGACUGUUAAAAACAUCCCCAGAGAAACCUAUAACAUUAGCAAUUGGUGAUGGUGCUAAUGAUGUGAGCAUGAUACAAGAAGCACAUGUUGGCAUAGGAAUCAUGGGCAAGGAAGGAAGACAAGCUGUAAGAAACAGUGACUAUGCAAUAGCACGGUUUAAAUUUCUCUCCAAGUUGCUUUUUGUUCAUGGACACUUUUACUAUAUUAGAAUAGCAACCCUUGUACAGUACUUUUUUUAUAAGAAUGUGUGCUUUAUUACACCACAGUUUUUAUAUCAGUUCUUCUGUUUGUUUUCACAACAAACACUCUAUGACAGUGUAUACCUGACUUUGUACAAUAUUUGUUUCACUUCCUUGCCUGUCCUCAUAUACAGUCUUUUUGAACAGCAUGUGCAUCCGCAUGUGUUACAGAGUAAACCUGUGCUCUAUCGAGAUAUCAGUAAAAAUGCCCAGCUGGGAUUUAAACCAUUUCUUUACUGGACCAUCUUGGGCUUCUUCCAUGCAUUUGUUUUCUUUUAUGGCUCGUAUCUUCUAAUGGGAGAAGAUACUUCUCUGCUGGGAAAUGGCCAGAUGUUUGGAAACUGGACAUUUGGUACUUUGGUCUUCACUGUUAUGGUUAUAACUGUUACAAUGAAGAUGGCACUAGAAACUCACUUCUGGACAUGGAUAAACCAUUUUGUUACUUGGGGAUCCAUUGUAUUUUAUUUCAUAUUCUCCUUGUUUUAUGGUGGAAUAAUCUGGCCAUUUUUACAUACACAGGACAUGUACUUUGUAUUUGUUCAGCUGUUAUCAAGUGGUUCUGCUUGGUUUGCCAUAAUCGUCAUAGUAGUUGCUUGUUUGUUUAUUGAUGUUGUGAAGAAAGUGCUGUACAGACAUCUGCAACCAACAAGUACUGAAAAAGCUCAGCUUACUGAGGCAGGUUCAGGUAUCAGCUGCCUGGACUCCAUGUGCUGCUUCUCAGAUGGGGAAACAGCAUGCACAUCUGUUAGAAGAAUGCUGGAACGACUAAUGGGAAGAUGUAGUCCAACCCGGGUCAACAGAUCAUGGAGUUCAUCGGAUCCCUUCUAUGCCAACGACAGAAGCAUCUUGACUCUCUCCACAAUGGACUCACCCACUUGUUAACAGGGGCAUUUGUAAAUGCCUUGUGGAAGCUCACACACCUAUCUAUAGUAGGUUCUGAGGCGAGUUCAGUGCUGCAUCCCUGUCCUAGGAAAUACUAGUACCACUGCUAAAUGCAAAUUGUGGCUUGUCUUGUGGUCUAGCGUAAGUCAUCUGGACAGUAAUCACUCCCAGGAUUUUUUUUCUAAUUAUAUCCACAAAUUGCUAACUAUAUAUGUAUAUAUAUCUCAACAUAUAUAUAUUUUUUUUUAAGGGACACUUUUACUUCUGACCAUUUAAUCUUUUUUGUUACUGUAUAAGCAGAUUGGAAUCCUGCAUUUGAUACUUGAGACAUCGCUGUAGCACAAAAACUCACAAAUCCAAGUGAUCCAAUAGAACUGAAUUUGCACAAUUAAAGUUUCGUUUUUCACGAUGACCCUUCAUUCAAACACAUUCACUUUGACUUGUCUCUUACAGAUGCCUUAGCAGUUUGCAGAUCAAUUUUUUUAUUUCCAUGGAUGGUUACUGUGUUCUAUAAGCAAUCUAUUUAGUAAUUUUUGAGAGUUAAAUACAAUUCAGAUAUUUAUGCUGGUUGCUGGUGUACAAAUCACAGUGGAAAUACGUAGGAUAGAGGGCUUUGAUAAAACACUUAUCUUUGACAAAUCAAUCAUUUGGAAUAAUAAGGGAUAUAACUGGUAAAUAUUUUCUUAAAGUGUAAUCCAGAAGCCAGUCAUCUUCUUAUGCCCUUUGUGUUUUGUUAACAAUUCUUGAUCCUUACAUGGGGAAAAAAGCAUGUAAGAAUCAGUGGAUUGUGCAGAAGUCUCACUAGCAUAAAUACUUGGAAUUAUUAAUCCUUUUAAAGUUGGGGAUUUUUUGCAUGCUUUAUUCUUUUUCAUGUGCUUAUAUUUGGUCAUAUUGUACUUUGAAGGUACAGUUAUUGCUUAAUUAUCUUCAUAUAUCUGAAGAAUCUGAGACAUCGAUGGCUAUGUUUUGAUACCUAAGUAUGCCAAUAAAAACAAAUUGCGCAGACGGAGCUUGGCAUGGUACAUCUUAGACAUACAUCUGUUGUCCCAGUAUAAAUGUGCAUGUUUGGGGCUGGGUAGCAACAUUUGCCUGUUUGCCCAGCUGGGAUGACUAAACCUAUGGUUGUCUGUGUAUGUGGGAGAUAAAUUAGAUAUCCAAAUGUGGGCCCAGAAGCAGCAGCAUUUUUACCAGCCUCUAGCCAUAAAAACUGCUGUAACUAAAGCAUGCUCUGUGGCUGUCCCUGGGGGCAGCACCUCCAUUUCAAAUCAGUCUUUGACACUGAAGUCCCAUUGGUAAUUGACAGUCUUACUAUCAGAGAGUAAAACAUGUAAAGCUGCAUAUUAGGAUUAUCUCUGGGUGGCAUAAACUACAAAUCAAAGACAUAAAUACCUACAAGAACUUCUUUAAUAAAGAUGUGGUUAAGCAUAGGAUUUGAACAAAACCAGUACUAACUGCUUUCACACUGCCUCCACAAGUUUCCACUUUUGGCUUAAGUACUGUCCCCCAAGCAAAUUACAUGGCAAAUACUCUUUAUCUCAUAAUUCAUGCAGCCACACGUUACCCUCCUGGUAUGACAUCUCAGUGGAGCCUGGCCUGCUGCCAGAGGAGUGUAUCCCUCUUAUUAUGGUCAUCCCAAAUCCUCCUGACUUCAGUGAGCUGCAGGAGAGGAAGUGUUCAAGAGGUAUUGACUUUCUUUGUAUCAAAUGUUUUGGAUGUUCCUUACCUGUAAACAGCUCUGCUAUUCCUUAUUUUUGUUCACGAUUUAACUGGUAUUAUUCCAGUUCUCUUAAUUCAGAAAUAAAUUUCAACAAUUGGAAGCUUCACUCUGAAGUGAUGGCUGCAGGUACGGCAGGAUUUUCAAGAUCCCAUUUUUCAAGGCAAUGUUUGUGUAGUACAGGAAUUGUCAUUGCAGCCUUGUUUUGAAACUUGUAGUGAUUUGAAUGUGCAGUACCUGAGGUUUUUGUCUCACUUGUAUAGAUGAAGUCAGACCAGUUCACAAAUUAAAAAGCUCUUAAAAAUUAAUGAUGAAACAGAAAAAAACAAAAUCAAAAUAUAGUAAAUUUUCCUUUUAAAUAACUGUUCGGUGUUCAUAGCUCAUAUCUGUAUUAUGCCUUCAAAUAUGUAAGUGCAGUGAAGGUUAAGCUUGAGAAUUUCAAUUUUACAGUAGGUCCCCUCAUUGAGUGUCCAGACAAUGAAGAUUCACUGAAAAUUGAGUCUGUUUGAUACCUGGUUCCUAUGGAGAGAGACUAUAAAUUGAUUGUCAGCUCUCCAGUCCCCAAGAGGACUUUUAUCCACAUAAGCAACAGUAAUGAAAUAUGCUUGAAUUUCUUUCACCUUCUCCUGUAACUUAACUUUAUCGUAUAUAUACUAAAUCUGUCUUUAAAAUAAUUAUUUUCUUCUUAGUUUCUCAUUCUAAGUUUGUACUGCUAUGGGUGCCUAGGAAUAAUUCUAAGUACCCUACUCAGGUAUCUGCUGUUCAGCUGUAUCUGUUAUGUCUAAAUCAGUGUUCCAUGUUUCAGAAGUACUUGUUUGUCCAAGUUGAACACAGCAUUCUCAUCAUCCCUUCAAUUUGUGUGCCAUGCAACGUUAUCACUCGGUGUGGUUAGUGUAUCACGUACUGAAAUAUUAACUGACAUUUUAUGUAGUAGAAGGCAGAGGCUUUGGAUAUAUGACCCCACUCCAAGCACUGAGACUGGCUCAACUCUGUACAUAGACAGGCUUUAGGCUUUUACCAAACAAGUGUGUUAAAUUUAUUUGCACACAAGAAGCACCACCCUAUAUUUGAAGAACAAUAUAUGUUUAUUAUGUAUUUCUUUAAAGCCUUCCAUCUCCUCCCUCUCCCCCUGCUUUCCCUUUCCUCAGUGUUUGUCAGGUCACGAAGAAACAUGCAUUUAAAUAAUUCAGGAAGAACUUAAGAAUCCAUCUGUCUGCCAGGGUAUAUUUUUCUAUUUGCAGUAAAUCUCAAUCCAUAAUUUCUCAUUUAGUAAAAACAUAGGAAUGGUUUGCAUAGGACCAAUUUCUUGGUCUGACAAAUAUUUUGGAUGCAAGAAGUGACUGUGGUUUUGUGCUGAUGUCAGAAACCUUUUCAACUUGCUUCUAGUAAAGACAGAUUUUGUGUAUUUCUGUGGCAGCUGAAGUGUGUGAAAUUCACUGUGCAUUCGGUACAGUGUAGAAUUCUUCAUGAAGAAGACUGAACAAAAGGCAGCUAAUUCACUACCAUUCAUCUCACUGAUUUACAGUAGAAAUGGAUGAGGAAGAAUUUGCCAUAGAAAGCAAAUGUUUUAGAAUUACCUCUUAGCCUCGAAAUCUGUAAUGUACGGCAGAAAAGCCUGUAGUAGAUGUUUUAAGAAUGUUGUGUAGUCACUUUACUAUGCAGUGUCUUUAAAGAAGCACCUUCUCCUUCACCCCCUUCAGAAUGGGACUGAGUUCUCGGCGUAUUUAGUUCUUGUUCUGUGAAAAAUAGGGUUUGGGUUUGUAUACACAGUUGCCAAAUUUAUGCUUUUUUAAAAGGUGCAGUGGAAAAGAUUAAGUACGAAGAUGCUCCAAAUUGUUUCACAAACUAAAAUGUAAAUAUUAUGCUUUAGAUAUUCUGUGUAUUUUUUUAAGGUUAUGAGGAGUGGGAACAAAAAAUGGAAAUGAAGGAAUGCUGAAAACUCUGGCUUUACAUUUGCAGAAUGAUUUCUUGUUUUCUAGUGCAAAAGCUGAUUUGAGGAAUGAUUAUGCAAUUUACAAUGCUUAUUAGGCAACUAUAAUUUCUUACUGGAAAACUUUGGUAAUACUUUCAAACAAGUUUUUUUUAUGACAGUACAACUUCUAUAUCGGAAAAAAAAUCUCAUUUUUCUAGUGUUGGAAGUGUCUCAAAGCUGUAGUCUAUGUUAUUUUUAAUAGUUUUAUCUGAUUCUUCUGUACUCUAAAUAUUAGUGAUUUUGGUGAAAUUCAGUGUUCAAAAGUGUUUGAUCAUAACAUGCUUCUGAACCAUUUAUUUUGAGAGUCUUGUUUUCUUGGGGUAAAAUACCAAGUAACUCCCACCAGCACUGCCAGUUACAACCAUCACUGCUUUAGAGUUAUGCCUAGAGCUGGGUGAACCCAUCAUUAUGGACCGAUUUUAGACUUUUUUUUUCUGCUCAUGUUUUUUAUUGGUGGUUGUUCUGUAUGUUCUUUGCUUCUGUUGUUUGCUUCCAGUGGCAUGAUUUUUCUGGUUUCUGCUCUCUAUUGGAAUGACUCAAUUUAUAACAGGAGGAGGAAAGAUGGGAUGCUUGUGGCUGUAUCAGCUCUGCCAGAAGGACAGUUGCAUCGGUAUUUGCAAGGCUUCUGCUUUCCAUAGAUUUUUUUUUUUCCUUCAAAUACUGCUCAUAGAGGCAUCAGAAAUAACUCAGUAGAGACCUCUUGUGCUGCCCAAGCUUCUGUGGCUUUUGUUGAAAGGAAUGUUCUCACCACUUUGAAGUACGCGCCUUUUCUCUAGCUGUUGCCACACGAUGAUGUUGAUUACAAUAAGUACAUACAAUUGUCAUUACUGUAGCUAUGACUUUUUUUGUUGUUGUUUCCAGUUAGUAUAAAUGCAUAGACAUGAAUAAAACCUGCAGGGAUGAAAUGUUAAAGACCUCUGCAUUUGACAUUCAGGGGAAAAAAUGUGCUGCUGUUUAUGACACAAAGUAUGACUUGACUUGUCUGAAAGAAACCCUGAAGUGCACCUAAAUGGCCUGUGGUUUGCAUUGAUUUUGCCUUGGCUGUUUUUAAAGAAAUUACAAGCUUGUUCUCAACCUUUUUAUCUUUUUGCAAUGGGAUCUAAGGUCCAUAUAGUUUAGGAAGGGGAAAAUGUUUAAAAAUGAGACCCACUUUCAGAUAUAAAUAAGGUCUCAUUACUGCAACAAAGAAUAGAUUCCUAGUUACGGUUCCAUGAGAGAUUUCAGGUCCUGUGCACACUAAAAUAACAAAGUGUCUAGACUCCUGGGUUGUUUGGUUUUUUUCACUGGAGUGUGAUCAAAUUCUGCUUCCUUUUUUGAAUUAAAAAAACUUGAACAAUAUCAUCUCUGUAGGAAUUACCUUUUUAAAGAGGUUGAGCCUUAAUUUUAGGCAGAUACUGGGCAUUGACAACUGGAAACUGUAGCAAUAAUUAGUACAAGGAAUUUCGGACCUCUGACACUGUGGCUGCCUCAUGUUAUUUUUGAUUCUCUGACAGCGGGUCUGUGUGCUUGCUCAUUGUACAGCUUGGUCAGUAGAAGUUGUUUUAAAAAUGGUUUAUGAAAAUAUAUUUAUUAAA